AUUGUGUACAUGGGCGAGAUCGACACAGAGCGGCAAAAGCUCAAUUGCUUCCGCAUGCGCGAGCUCGGCGCCACCGUGGUGCCGGUGAAGAGCGGCAGCCGCACCUUGAAGGAUGCCGUGAAUGAGGCACUGCGCGACUGGGUGACCAACAUCCGGACGACGCACUACAUCAUCGGGAGCGCCGUCGGUCCGCAUCCCUUCCCGGACAUCGUCCGUGAUCUUCAAUCCGUGAUCGGCAACGAAGCUCGAGCUCAGAUGCUGAACCAAACCACUGGCGAGUUCGGACAUCCGACCUUUACCAACGGCCCGGGCAGGCUUCCA